AUGCCACGCAGCGAAAUCCCAAAUUUCGAACGUGUUCGCCACGUAGUAAGCUAUAGUUUCUUUUCAGCAAUCGCUUUUAACAGUCGCUUGGAGGCCUUAUUUCAUUAUGGUAUUUGGUCGAAACCAGAUGAUGAACUUCAAAAUGUAUUGUUUGAAAUUGAAAUUGAUAGUCGGCUGAAAUCGCGUUCUUAUGCAAAUCUCUCAUAUUUUGAAUUUCACGUUUUAUUUAUGAUCGGUACACAGUUUAAAGUCAUCAGCGUAUCCUAUGAAUCGGAAAAUGUCUGGAUAGUGAGCUUGAAAUUGAUGCAUGAUGAUGAUGAUGAUAAUACUAUGAGAGACCAUAUAGAUAUUGAAAGUCCGAGUGAGAGAAAAAUGCUAAAAAAUUGUGUUAGUGCACUUUCAUAUCGUAUCUGCAUGGCACCAUUGGAGCAAAUAACAAUUAUUUUCAGCGAAUUAAUUAAUUUAUUUCCAUCAGAAAUGUGGCUCUCAGCCGCUGAAAUCCAUUGCUACGGUUUGUAUCAAGAAAGAGUAGAAGAAAAUUAUGCUGCUGCAAUAUCAACAUACUAUAAAGUUAUAGAAAUUUGGCUCGAGUACGAGAAAGACGACGAAUUAAAGACAUUGAUUGAUAUCGGUAAAACCUACUCUGACAUUGGCCGUUGUUACAUGAUGAUGGAUGAUCAAAGUGCGGCUAACAAAAAUUUUGAUCUAUCGGUGAAAACUUAUACAUCAGCACUUGAAAAAACUGCUACGAAUUAUGAUCAAAUGAAAGUUAACGAAAAAAUAGUUGAAAUAUACAAACAUAAGAUAAAAAUCAACAAUGAUGUGAAUGAAAACUCAAGUUAUGUCUCUUUAGCCCUUAAAUGUGAAGCACAGCAUCUUGAAUAUAUGUUAAAGUAUUAUACGUCUUACAAUUUAAAAAUUGGUGAGUGA